UUUUAUUGCAGAUGAUCAUUUUCGCCGCCUGUGUGGCCACCACACUCGCUCAAUACGCCGCCCCAGAAUAUCCAGCGCACCACGCUUAUGCUCAAGCUGAACAAGCGCACGCCCCGGCCCCGUACAACUUCGAGUACAGCGUAAACGACCCACACACUUACGACGUGCACAGCCAAUCAGAGUACAGCGACGGAAAAGGUUACGUCAAGGGUACUUACAGCCUUUUGGAAGCCGAUGGUUCUACCCGCGUCGUCGAAUACAUCGCCGACGACCACAGCGGUUUCAACGCCGAAGUCAAGAAAAUCGAAGGACACAUCCAAGGUUACAAGGCACCGUAUAGCGCACCUUCCCCAGCCUACAGACCAACCCCAUACAAAUAAUUGUCAAAUCUUCCAUCCAAAACCUUGUUUAAAUUGUUUUAAGUCACGUGAUGGCCGAUAAUGAGAAAUAUCUCAACUAUCACAAAUACUUGACUACUUGUUAAUACAAUUAUGUUGUAAUUGUAAUGUUAUUAUUUAAAUAAAUACUAAAUUUAAUAAUUGUAUGCAUUUAUUAUUUAUGUGUUAUUUAUAGUUGGUUGCAAUUGUGUAAAAUCAUCGAUACGGGUAGCUUAUGUACAUUAUGAUCGGGCACACUGUGAUACAUUUCCUGAUCUACAUUAUUUAUUCUUCCCGGUAUUAUUGACCAACUCAUUAAAAUACCAUUAUGCACGACAGGGUACUUUGACUAUAGUAAAUUGGACAUUGUAACAUUAACUUUAAAGGUGGGUAAGUGCAGUGGGGUGGAAUAUGUCAGCGGUGAUAGAAGUCUGUCCAUCGGCUCUUGAGUCCCAUGACAGGAUAAUGUAUUAUUACAUUAUUCGAUUUGAAUGCAAUGAGUGCAUUCGAUGAUAUACGAUUAUAUUCUCAGCGGAAAUAUCAGUGGAACGAUUAGUAAUUGUAUGUACUCGAAUAAGGAUAAUGACACUCAUGUCUACUUAAUUAAUCUCUAUUUAAAAUUAUAAAAUAUUAUAUUGCCCAUUCA